CCCGCUAGCGCAGCUGUCAGGUGUGCGUCACCGUGGACCACCGAUCAGUCACCGCGCGCUCUGCUUACCGACAACGAGAUGUUGCACUGUCCUACUUGACUUUUCUUACCCGUUUCUCUGCUUCUGCACGUGAAACAGAGCGCGACAGUCCCGCUGCCUGCGAGCCGAGAGGAGCGAGCGGGUUAUCAUGAGUUGUCUGGAUGUUAUGUACCCGGCUUAUGGUCAUUACGCACCGUACGCGCACAAAGCUUCAGCGUUCAUCAGCACUUUACCGGCACCCCUUGGUCUGAGAAACCCCUCGUCUCGCUGUAGAGAUCCGAUGGACAGCGUGGCAGCCCCGUGCUGCUCGGAGGGUGUCCCAGUUUCUGCCGGAAGCUCCAGCUCAGGAGGUCCAUCCCCAUCACCGUAUUCUUCGGCCGGACAAGUAGAAGAGGCUACGAAGGGCAAAGAGGUCAGGGAGGCAGAAUACCUGAGCUCACGAUGUGUCCUCUUUACCUACUACCAAGGGGACAUUAGCAGCGUAGUGGACGAACACUUCUCCAGAGCUCUCAGCACCUACAUGGAGGCCGAGGGCAAAAAGAGGCACAGUGAUCCCAGCACAGAUGGAGAAGGUGGAGACCGUUCUGUUCAUAACAGCAGAUGGCUGAUGGGAAAAUUGUCAGAUGCUUCAUCCUCAAGCAGUCGGCGCAGUUUCCCUCCAUCAUUCUGGGACAGUAACUACCCCUCUCCACCCAGCCGACCCCACUGUGAUCCCACAGGUGCUCCCACCUAUGCUAUGGACCCCUACGCCCAGGCCCUGCACCCGGGUCUGCCUCACUCACACGCUCACCCGCUCACAUCAGAGUCCUGGAGCUUCUCUCAGAGCCAGCCCUAUCCCCCUCCACGGCCCUUACACGAACUAUACUCCCCUUCUGGGCUGGAUGCCCACUACGGACCCCUACUGAUGCCUGCCGUCCGACCGCCUCAUCUUCCGACGCUGCCCGGGCAUUACGAUGUGGGAAAGCUGGAACCCACACCAACAUGGCCAGGGCUGCUUCCGCCUGGGGAAGUGGCACAGAGUCUGGCUCUCAACAUGGAACCAGGUCUCCAGCACCACAAGAAAGGGAAGGAGCUCUACUGGUUUUAAUGAGAAGCCCUUCAUCGACCAUCCAAUUAAAGCCUGCAGUUUGGCCCAUUGUAGCCGAACUGUUGUUUCUUUAGCCCCCACGCACAGCGGCUCUCUUCACCAGCUCUGCACACGCUCUGAACACGCUCCAGGACUAUUUGUGUGCACCAUGGAGAUAUGAACAUAGGGCGAGGAGAGAACGCCUAGGGGAGGCAGGGGUGCUAGACGACAUGGUCUUUCUGUUUUUUUGAUCUGUUUUUCUCUUUUUGAUCUUUUUUAAACUAAUUUAUUGUGGUGUAAAAAUCCAGCUUGUCCUCUACGGUACUCUGUUUGGACGGUGAGACGUAAGAAACAUUGCAUGGUGCGGUAUAUAUAGAAUUACACAUUUUCUAAUAAUCUGGCUGUUUAUAUUGAUUGAAUAAGGAUGGCAGCAAUGUGUUUGUAUUUUUUUUUCCCAUGUACAGUAUUUUUAUUUAUAUAUACAUUAGUAUUUAUGUGUUUCAAUUAAAAUACACUUUCGGCCAGUGGUGUUAGUUUUUUUCUUUUUCUUGGAAAAUGUGCCAUGGUGUGAAACAGCUACAAUAAAUCUGAGAGAAUUUAAUAAACCAUACCUUAUCAUUAAAGCGUGAAAUAAAAUGAUGUGAUUUUCCAGGUCAAUGAACCACUUCAGAGAAUUGACAAGGUUCCAUUAAUGUUAUUAUAAGGGGAAAGUCAUUUUUGGUGUAUUUUUUAAUGUGUGAGUCUAGUUUAUUGAAUUACAAAUGAAUGAAUGAAUGAAUGACUGUUCUGUUAAGACUAAAAAUGUAAGAAAUUGUUUGUAUUUCCAUAUUAAACAUUCAUUUAAAUAUGUUGCCUUGUUCUUGUCAUGGCCUAUUACUCAUUUCUAAAAGAUGUCUAUGGUUAUGAAAUAUUAAAAAGAAUACGUGUUAGAUAUUUCAGAAUUGGGUUGGAUGUUAAAAACUUUGAACCAGUGAACCAAAGAAACAUUUCCAGCUAACAUGUAAGUCACAGACAGAAAGGUCACCAACAGAAAGCUUUGAUUUACUUUUGUAUCUUGUGUAAUUAUGGGCUGCUAUAGCUCAGAUUUGAUACUGAUCAGACUGUGUUUAUGUUCCUCUGGAAGGAAAGAUGUUCCAGGCUUAUCACCGAUGUUGUAGGUCACAAACUCACUCUUGUCUGGUCAUGAAAUUAUAAACGGGUGCAUGGAUAGUUGGUUCCUCUAAGACUCCCCUGCCAAAACUGUAAAACAUGACAGCCAGCUGGUACAAAAUCUCUGUCUGUCAACAGGGACUAUUUAUAUUUAUGUUUUAAGAUAAAACAAAAAGUUGAUUAUGAAUAUAUAUAAGUAGCAAAAAUGCAUGCUACAAAGUUCCUUAAAUAAAUAGGCCAGAGCAAGAACAAAGCAGUGAGUUAUUCUGUUUCUCAAGCGAUACAUUACUGCAUUUUUACAGAAUAAGGAAAACAUUGAGUCAUAACCAGUUCAAGUGUGAGCCAUUAUUCAAAAAGCACAUUAAAUGGUAUGUGACCUUUACGGUUUUGUAAAGUGUGUUUCACACUAACAUGAACAGAAACAAAAACGACCUCUGUUGGUCAUGUGUUGUAAUUGUUUUUCCAAGCUUCGUGGAAAAUUGUGUAAAAAAAUAAAAUAAAAUUCUGAUUUACUGUACAUAUAUUUUAAGUAAAAUAAAUAAUAAUGCAGUUGGUGUAGUAUUAAAAAAUGAUGCAAAAAACGCUGAUGUCACUAGCAAAGUAUUGUUUACGUUGGUUGAGAAACAAUCUCUAAAAAAAUAACAUUAAAAUCUGGCAAAGUCACAUGGUUAAGCAGUUAAGCUGCAGCCCCUAAACUUUGGAAUAGUUUGCCUGUAAAUGUGAGACUUGCUCCUUCACUAGCUAGAUUUAAGUCUGUCCUCAAAUCUUAUUUGUUUUCUCUGACUUUUGAUUAAUGUCAGUUAAAAAUUCUAUUUUAUGUGUUUAUUUUUCAUAUGAUGCAUGUUUCCUUUUAUGCUUUUUAUAUACUGUGUUUUAUUGUACAACACUUUGGCGCAACUCUGUUGCUUUUAAAUGUGCUAUAGAAAUCAAUUUUGACUUAUAUUGUUGUUAUAUGGCAAUCAUGUGUUAGAUUUUUGUGGGCAGAUAUUGUCUGGUCAUCUGUCUGUCCAUGUUUUUAAGACACAGAUACAGUCAGUCACUUGACACAAGUUAUAAAAAUGGCAUAAUUCAAACAUGUGAUCAGAAAUACAGCAGGCAAAUGGUUUUUUGUCAUCUGGUGGCUUAAAUGUACCUAGUGAGGUUAAGUUCAGUAAUUUUCAAUUGAUUUUGCCCUGGUUUGACAUCAAAAAUGAAUCGUAAAAUACCAAAAUUGUACAAAAAUAAACAGAAAUCAAACAGUGAAAUAUAUUAUGAUCAGCAAGAUUAUUAUGAUACAA